CAAACACACAUUAGAAUAUUUUACAACUCUUGAAUGUUCUAAUCCGAGCUGAAAUGACCAUGUUUUAAUUGGUGGAAUGUUUUGAUCCUGUAGCGUUAUUAAUGGAACAGUUUGGAUCAGGAUAUAGAGGAUAUUUGUUCAUUUCAGUCAAUGCCAAUGGAAAGGGACUCUAAAAUGCAGAACUUUCGGGUCGUAGUCAUGGGGACGGCUGGCGUCGGGAAAAGUUCUAUUAUAAGCAAAUUCAUGCACGACAAAUUCACUGAAAGCCAUAAAGAAACUAUAGAGGAACUGCACAGACACCGGAUGCGGUUUGAAAGUGUGAGUGUUGAUAUCGACAUUCUGGACACGUCCGGCUCUCAUCAGUUCCCUGCGAUGAGAAAACUUGCAAUAGCUACAGGAGAUGCUUUCCUACUCGUGUUCUCUGGUAACGAUCCAGAAAGCUUUGAAACUGUUAAACAACUUCGAGAUGAAAUAAGAGAGCAGAAACAAAAGGGACAGUACUCGAUUGUUGUUGUCGCAAAUAAAACUGAUUUAAACAUUGAGGAAAAGCACUCACAUGCGGUGACCGAGUCGGUUGUAUGUAUGGACUGGGGAGAAAAGUUUGUAACUACAUCCGCGAAAACAGGUGACAAUAUUGAUAUUGUCUUUCAAGCCCUUGAACAUGAAAUUAGAGAAAGAAUUACGCUGGUAAAGAAACGUCUCUCUUUUUUCAAAAGGAUUUCAAUGCCAGUGAUGAGAAUAGCCAACUCGGAAACGGCAAGGACAGGACUUAUGAAGAUCAAAUCUCGAGCACAUUCGAUGGAAAAUUGA